UCUUGUCAAAGUCCAUAUAUCUAAUCUUUUCGGAUUCUGAAUCGCGAACCCAGCGAAGCUACCAAUUUCUCGAUCAAACUAUCCGAGCUCCGAUUCCUUAUAAAAGAUAAAGCCAGAACCUUUAUUUGCUUUGUGAUCCUCUCUCUCUCUAUCUCUGAUAAAGCCAGGACCUUUAUUUGCUUUAUUGAAACCCCAAACCCUACUUUGUCCAGCGAGAGAGAAAGAGGGUUUCGUCUGAUUCCGCUAAAUUUCGAGUCUUUAUUUAAAGGAGGCUCUCAUCAUGGAUUCUGAAGAUGAUAUGCUCGAUGCCCACGAUAUGGAUUCGGGGGAUGAUGAUUUUUACAGCGGCGGGACCGAUGACGAUAGUGAUGAUGAUGGUCAAGCUUUCGAAGGGUUCGCUGAGGAAGACGGGGACGAUUCCACCUUGUUCACCUCGCGUCGCUCUCAGAUAAAUUAUGUUGUUCUUAAGGAAGAAGAUAUUCACAGGCGUCAGAAGGAUGAUAUUGGACGAGUUUCCAUGGUCCUCUCCAUAAGUCAUGUCGAAGCGAGCAUUUUGCUUCUUCACUAUCACUGGAUUGUUAGUAAAGUUGACGAUGAAUGGUUUGCGGAUGAAGGGAGAGUUCGGAGAACUGUUGGUAUAUUAGAGGGACCUGUUGUUCCAACACCUGAUGGCAGAGAACUUAAAUGUGGAAUAUGCUUUGAGUCCUACCCUCUUGAGGAUAUUGUUUCAGUUUCUUGUGGUCAUCCUUUCUGCACUUCAUGUUGGACGGGUUAUUUACACACCACCAUCAGUGAUGGCCCAGGAUGUUUGAUGCUAAAAUGUCCUGAACCUGCUUGCCUUGCUGCUGUUGGUCAAGAUAUGUUCGAUAAAUUGUCUUCGAAGGAAGACAAGGAGAAGUAUUAUAGAUACUUUCUUAGGUCUUAUGUUGAAGACAACAGAAAGAUGAAGUGGUGUCCUGCCCCAGGAUGUGAGCAUGCAAUCGAUUUUGAUGCCGGGUCUGGAAGUUAUGAUGUUUCGUGCUUUUGUUCACAUAGCUUUUGCUGGAAUUGCACUGAAGAGGCUCACCGUCCUGUGGAUUGUGACACAGUUGCGAAAUGGAUACUAAAGAACAGCGCUGAAUCUGAAAAUAUGAAUUGGAUACUUGCCAAUUCAAAGCCUUGUCCAAAGUGUAAGCGGCCAAUUGAAAAGAAUCAUGGAUGUAUGCACAUGACAUGCACAUCGCCUUGUAAAUAUGAGUUUUGUUGGCUUUGCCUUAAUGCAUGGACAGAGCACGGGGAAAGAACUGGUGGUUUUUAUGCCUGCAACCGGUAUGAGGCGGCUAGGCAAGAAGGAUUGUAUGAUGAGGCUGAAAAAAGGCGAGAGAUGGCAAAAAAUUCGCUAGAGAGAUACACUCAUUACUAUGAACGCUGGGCAAGCAAUCAACAGUCGAGGCAAAAAGCUAUGGGGGAUCUGCAGAAAAUGCAAUCAGAGAGGCUUGGGAGACUUAGUGACAUACAGUGCACACCAGAAUCUCAGCUCAAGUUUAUUGCAGAUGCGUGGCUCCAGAUUGUUGAAUGUAGGCGGGUACUGAAAUGGACGUAUGCAUAUGGAUAUUAUCUAUCAGAUCAUGCUAAGCGGCAAUUUUUCGAGUAUUUGCAAGGGGAGGCUGAGUCAGGUUUGGAGAGGCUCCACAAAUGCGUAGAGAAGGAAAUAGAGGUGUUUCAAACUGCUGAGGACCCUUCAAAUGAUUUCAAUAAUUUCCGGUCCAAAUUAGUGGGUUUAACCAGCAUAACUAAAACCUACUUCGAAAAUCUGGUGAAAGCUUUGGAGAAUGGUCUUGCUGAUGUGGAUUCGCUAGCUGCUAGCAGCAAAUCAACAAACUCUAAAGCUUCUAGCAAGACAAAAGGCGGUGGGAAAGGUAAAGGAAGCUCCAAAAAUGGCGGGUCCAGCAGAAACCCAGAUGACAACUGACAUCUCUUUGGUCUCGCUUGUGUGCUGCCACCUCACAAAGGUCUUAGAUUAAUCAGAAGAUUAAGAAAGACUUUUGUUCAGAAAUUGGAGAAAGUUUUGGGGUUUACAAUGCUUUCGAGUCUCUUGAGUUUAAAGACUAUUAAGGGACAAGACUGCACUCUCAAGUGAACUCUGUCUCUCUGACUUAAGGGUAUAUGUUAGUUUUUACUUGCCCUAAAUAUUGUAUAGGAUAAAAGAAUCUGCUCAUUGUUAUUGUUAGUUUGGCUUUUUUUACUUCGAACCAAACUCAAUGUCUUCGAACCAAACUGAAGUCUCGUGUCUGAAAAUUUCUCGAGGUCAAGAGCAAAUGGAACCUCCUUAGUCAAUUUCACCUAGUAUGAUCUUUUACAUUAA